GUAAUGCACAGUAUUUGCUCUUGCUCCUCCUCUUCGCAGUCUGUGGCUGUGCAUCGACCUUGUUAUUGAAAUUCGAUGUAUUCCAUCCUGCACGAUUCAUCUACUCGACUUUUUGCUGCUUUAACCUGUUACUCAGCCUACCUAUGGCCAUUUGGAUCAUGAGCGAACUUGUCUCCGUCAAGCAUGCCAUGAACGAAGAAUUGCUCAAGGUGCUGCAAUCUUGGAAGGAGCGCAUGGACCGCAUUCGCUUUGCGAACACAGCGCGCAUGCAGAAGGGAAACGAGCGACUGCUUUUCGAGAGCUUCUUUCGUGUGGCAGAUCCGCUCGCAGACAUGACUGACCGAAUCAAGAACUGGCAAAGACCGGUUCGCAUCUUCGGUAUCACGGCCUCCUUCACCGUGCGCAACCGCGUGGUGUUCUCCUUUUUCACGUCCCUGGUCUAUGCGGUGUGGCAAUGCCUCCAGGGCUCGACCUGGUUGUCAGGCCUGGAGGAGGAGAUGAGAUCCAUCAGCAACUUGAAGAGCCCAUAG